GGCCCCGUGGGGGCGGGGCCUGGGGGCGGGGCGAGGCGAGGCCGAGGGAGGUGCUGGAGGCGGAAGCGGCCGGCAGUCUGCGCCCUGCGCCGUUCGGCUAUCUUCGGCGGGGUUCCUCCUGACGGCCUGUGACUCCCGGCCUGGAAAGCCAAGCGAGUCCUCUCCAGGUCAAUCCCGAGCCGGAGGAUCAACUUUCAGAAGAGAGGCGCCCCAGCAAGAUUCGGGGAGUCCUCCAAGCUCCUCACCUCCAUGGGCCAGACGGCCCUGGCAGGGGGCGGCAGCAGCACCCCCACCCCACAGACCUUGUACCCUGACCUCUCCUGUCCCGAGGGCUUGGAGGAGCUGCUGUCUGCUCCCCCUCCUGAUCUGGGAGCCCAACAGCGCCACGGCUGGAACCCCAAGGACUGCUCGGAGAACAUCGAGGUCAAGGAAGGGGGGUUAUGCUUCGAGCGGCGGCCCGUGGCCCAGAGCACUGAUGGGGCCCGGGGUAAGAAGGGCUACUCGAGGGGCCUGCACGCCUGGGAGAUCAGCUGGCCCCGGGAGCAGAGGGGUACCCACGCCGUGGUGGGCGUGGCCACGGCCCUGGCCCCGCUGCAGGUUGACCACUAUGCGGCGCUGCUGGGCAGCAACAGCGAGUCGUGGGGCUGGGACAUCGGGCGGGGGAAGCUGUACCAUCAGAGCAAGGGGUUCGGGGCCCCCCAGUAUCCAGCCAGACCUCAGGGUGAGCAGCUGGAGGUGCCGGAGAGGCUGCUGGUGGUUCUGGACAUGGAGGAGGGAACUCUGGGCUACGCUAUUGGGGGCACCUACCUGGGGCCAGCCUUCCGAGGACUGAAGGGCAGGACCCUCUAUCCGGCAGUAAGCGCUGUCUGGGGCCAGUGCCAGGUCCGCAUCAGCUACCUGGGCGGAAGGAGAGCGGAGCCACACUCCCUUCUGCACCUGAGCCGCCUGUGUGUGCGCCACGCCCUGGGGGAUACCCGGCUUGGCCAGGUAUCUGCUCUGCCCUUGCCCCCUGCCAUGAAGCGCUACCUGCUCUACCAGUGACCCCUGAGAUACCACAGAUUGUGCUGGGGCCUUAAAACCAUCCCUCCCCUGGGGAGUGGGGAGGAGGCACCGCUGGCCUAGACCAGCUACUUAAAGCCAGGAGGUGGGGUGGGGGGAGGUGAGGCUGGGCCCCUCCCCCAACCCUAGCUCUGGGGAGCCCUACGGCCCUAGAGCCUUCCCGAGGGGCAGAAGGGGAGGCUAUGGCGGCCUGGGCCUGGUGUGCAGGACAUUUUUUCAAGUAAAAACAGUAAGAGAUGUGCUGUCGUAGAAA